AAAGAAUAAUCUUAGGUUAGUGAUUAUAUCUUUGAUUAAGCUUUCUCUUGGGUUAGAUUAGACAGUACAGUACGAAUUAGAGUUGAGAAAAUUACAAAAAGAUCCAUAGUUUGAGAGACAGAUCAUGCCAUGAUGAAGAGAGUUAAUGUAAACACACUCUCCAUUAUUAUUUAUUUUUAUUAGAGAAAAUAAAAAGGAGGCUGAGAUCAAGGCCAGUAUAAUAGCUAUAGAUAUCAGAUUUAAUGGAGGUGAGAGGCCAAGAUAAGGUAAUAGGGAUGCCAACCACUCUCGGCUAUAAUCCCCCCAAUAGGGACUCUUCUUCCUCCAAGCUCUCUUCUUCUCCAGCCCUACCCUCAACUGCUAACAGCACAAUCUUCAUCAACCCUCUUCAAACCCUAGACCCCCAUCCUCCUCCUCAUCAUCAGCAGCCUCAUCAAUUGAAUCUUUCACCACACAAAUCAUCAAGAAGAGAUUCUGAGCAAAACCCAGAUCCAAUCUCAUCUCCAAUUGUUGUCACCCCAAGUGCAACAACAACAUCAAUUCCUGGUGGAUCAAAUUUCAAAGCACCACCAGCUCAACCACCAUCACCACCACCGCAGAAAGUUAGAUAUAGGGAAUGCUUGAGAAACCACGCAGCCAGCAGCGGCGGCCACGUGCUCGAUGGCUGCGGAGAAUUCAUGCCAAGUGGAGAGGAAGACAUCCCAGAAGCACUAAAAUGUGCAGCUUGUGAGUGCCAUAGAAAUUUCCACAGAAAAGAGAUCGAAGGCGAUCAUUUGCCAAAUAAUUACUAUGUUGUUAACCACCAAAAACACACCAUUAGCGGUAGAGAUUCAGCAACUAGAGUAUUGCCACUCCCUCCACCCCCACCGCCUCCUGUUCAUCAUUCAGCUGCGGGGGGCCCAGUUCCCCCGAUGAUGAUGGCUUUUGGAGGUGGUGGUGGCGGAGGGGGGGCUGAUGAGUCCUCGAGCGAGGAUCUCAACAUGAAUAAUUUGUUUCGGGCAACUUAUGCGGCAGGCCAGCAGGCAGCGGGGUCAAAGAAGCGGUUUAGGACUAAGUUCAGUCAGGAGCAGAAGGAGAAGAUGAUGGAGGUUGCUGAGAAGUUAGGGUGGAAGAUCCAGAAGCAUGAUGAGCAAGAAGUGCAGAAGUUGUGUUCUGAAGUGGGUAUAAAGAGGCAGGUGUUCAAGGUGUGGAUGCACAAUAAUAAACAAGCCAUGAAGAAGAAGCAAAUGUAAGCCAAACUUCAAUACAUUGAUUUGUGACUGGGAAAAGAGAUCAAUAUAAUCAGUGAAUAAUUAGAUCAGA